AUGUACGGUACGUACCAGCAGCAUGGCCGGCUGUCGGAGGAUGAAGUGCUGCACGGGAUGCUGGUGCAGCGACACCGGUACGCGAAUGCCGAUCCGAGCCGUGGCUAUCAGCACUCGUUCAGAGCCAAAUCAAAAUGGGAGCUGGUACGGUUGUCAUUGAUGAUCGUCGGCAUCGAGUGUACGUACGCGACGGAGACGGCGUUGGUGGCGCCUAUCCUGCUCGGCAUCGGCUUACCGCACACGAUCAUGACGAUGAUCUGGGCGAUGCCUUCCCUUGCAGGGCUUCUAUUCGCGCCGGUGAUCGCAUCCAUCAGCGAUCGGUUAAGAUCGCGCUGGGGACGCCGGAGACCCGUCCUUCUGGCGCUCGGUGCGACGACCCUCACCGGAAUGCUGAUCCUUCCGAAUGGGACGGCCGUCGGAAGGCUGCUCGGGCUGGACAGCGUGCCAUGGUUGGCUACGAUCACCACCAUCGGGUUGGUCAUGAGUGACUUCUCGGUCGAGACGAGCAAUGGCAUCUGCCGGACGUACGCGAUGGAGGUGUGUACGGUGCGUGAUCAGACGCGCGUCCUCAGCGUUAUGGUACUGACCGGGGGUAUCGGUGCUACAAUGGGUGCCUUGUUCGGAGCCAUCGAUUGGGACACGAUAGGCAUCGGUGAGCUGUUCGGUGGAAACGAUUCGUCCGUGUUUGCAGCCAACUGGAUCGUCCUGUUUGUGGGGCUAGUCGUCACACUCACCAGCUUCCAGGAGAUCCCACUUCCGGUGCAAGAAUCGGACCCGAUGCUACGACCCGUCACUCAAAAGAUGCUUCUGGACGAGGUACGCCGGGUUAACGGCGAGAAGGGUGAGGCCGAGGUAGACGAUACGCCGGAAGUGGUCGGCUUUCGACAGUUCGUACGCAACGUGCUUCAGAUGCCACGGUCUAUGAAGAUUCUAUGCCUUACUCAGCUUCUAAGCCAUAUGAGCUACCUGACGUACUGUUUAUACUACACCGAUUUUGUCGGUGCAACAGUGUACGAUGGCGAUGUGCGGGCUCUCGAAGGAUCCCCGGCUGCCGAGCGAUACGCCGAUGGUGUCCGUUUCGCGUGUCUCGGUAUGGCACUCUGUUCGACCACGUCCUCGAUCUACUCGACGUUCAUCGAACGGUUGAUCGUGCGGUUCGGGGCCCGCCCUGUCUACGUCUGUGGGCUUCUUGCGCACAGUAUCGGCAUGCUGGCGAUGGGGUUGGUGCCACACAAGCUGGUGGUGUUCCUAUGCUGCUCCCUCACCGGGGUCAUGUAUGCGACCAUCUAUUCCAUUCCGUUCCUGCUGAUAUCGCACUAUCAUUCCAAAAAUUGUUUUAGCGAAGUCAACGGACAGUACGUGGAGAGUAUCGAGAAACGUGGAUUCGGUGUUGACGUCUCAAUGAUGAGCAGUAUGUUAUGUUUGGCGCAGCUUGUAGUAUCGAUGGCAAUUGGAGCCGUUAUUGACGCCGUCGGCUCAACUCUGAUUAUCACUUUCAUAUCAUCUGCGUUCAUGAUAUGCGCUUCCUUGUCUGCCAUGGCCGUUCUCUACAUGGGACUGUAA